AGAGUGUCACAGAGUGACCGUGGAGGAUGGUGUUUCAAUAUUCCAGAUACUUCUAGGGUUGGAGGGUGUUUGCUAGUGGCGAGACUCAGGCUCCGGCAGCCAGCUGGGCAGCGGCAAAGUAAAAUGGACAGCGAGAGGCAGACGUUUCAGCCACCUCUCUGUCGCCCAGAGAUCCCGGAGCUGUUCUCUGGCCAACUCGUUUCCCUGCUAGAGUCCCUGAACGCGCUGGACCAGGGGAGCCCAGGGAGCGCCUAGAAGCUGCUCCUCGGAGAUGCCUUCGCCAGAGCAGUAAGAACUUCCUGCUUGAGUCCCUGCAUCCCCUCUCCCUGAAACUCCCGGGAGAAAGGGGCGGCAGACAGCAGGGGGAGGGGCGAGGGGGAUCCUCGUGCAGCGAUUUCUCCCCUCCCCCUCCCCCCUCCGGGCGCGCAGGCAUGGAUGUGCUCAGCCCUGGCCAGGGCAACAACACCACAUCCUCCGAAGGUCCCUUCGGGACAAACAACGUUACUGGCAUCUCCGACGUGACCUUCAGCUACCAAGUGGUCACUUCUCUGCUACUGGGCACGCUUAUCUUCUGUGCGGUGCUGGGCAAUGCGUGCGUGGUGGCCGCCAUCGCCCUGGAGCGCUCCCUGCAAAACGUGGCUAACUAUCUCAUUGGCUCGCUGGCUGUCACCGACCUCAUGGUGUCGGUGCUGGUGCUGCCCAUGGCCGCGUUGUACCAGGUGCUCAACAAGUGGACGCUAGGACAGAUCACCUGUGACCUGUUCAUUGCCCUCGACGUGUUGUGCUGCACCUCGUCGAUCCUGCACCUGUGUGCCAUCGCGCUGGACAGGUACUGGGCCAUCACGGACCCCAUCGACUACGUGAACAAGAGGACGCCCCGGCGCGCCGCUGCGCUCAUUUCACUCACUUGGCUCAUUGGCUUCCUCAUCUCCAUCCCUCCCAUGCUGGGCUGGCGCACCCCUGAAGACCGCUCGGACCCCGACGCGUGCACCAUCAGUAAGGACCACGGCUACACUAUCUACUCCACCUUCGGCGCUUUCUACAUCCCGCUGCUGCUCAUGCUAGUUCUCUACGGGCGCAUCUUCCGAGCUGCGCGCUUCCGCAUCCGCAAGACAGUCAAGAAGGUGGAGAGGAGCACCGACACCUGCCUUGUGACGUCGCCAGCCCCGCAGCCCAAAAAGAGCGUAAAUGGAGAGCCGGGGAGCAGAGAAUGGAGGCAGGGCGUGGGGAACAAGGCUGGGGGGACUCAGUGCGCCAAUGGAGCGGUGAGACGGGGCGACGACGGCGCCGCCCUGGAGGUGAUCGAAGUGCACAGGGUGGGCAACUCCAAAGAGCACCUCCCGCUGCCCAGCGAGGCUGGUACUGUCCCCUGCGCCCCCACUUCCUUCGAGAAGAAAAAUGAGCGCAAUGCUGAGGCCAAGCGCAAAAUGGCCCUGGCCCGCGAGAGGAAGACGGUGAAGACGCUGGGCAUCAUUAUGGGCACCUUCAUCCUCUGCUGGCUGCCCUUCUUCAUCGUGGCCCUGGUCCUGCCCUUCUGCGAGAGCAGAUGCCACAUGCCCACCCUGCUGGGAGCCAUAAUCAACUGGCUGGGCUACUCCAACUCUCUCCUCAACCCUGUCAUUUAUGCCUACUUCAACAAGGACUUCCAAAACGCCUUUAAGAAGAUUCUCAAGUGCAAAUUCGGCCGCCAAUGAUGACGGAGGAGUAGCCGGCGAGUAGAGCCGCCCCAUCCACUCUGCCUCCCCCAGCCUGCAGAAUCAACAGCUAUUAUAAUCACUUGCCACUUUUUCUCUGACUUUGCAGCUCCGCCCACGGCUGCCAGACCUCUUUCCCUCUCCCCGCUGCCCAAUUUGCUACCCAGAGGGAGCGCACUCAGUGCAAAGGGGCUCCAGCGGCGUGGCUGGAGGGCCCGCGAAACUUCCUGGGUCUGUGAACAGCAACCUGGGCUCUGACUUUGGCCUCAAAAUUAGUUUUUUCCAGCAAUUGCCUCCUCCUUCUACUCCACAUAUUUUCGCGGCGGAACUUUAAGACUCAGCUGUUCAGGGCAAAAAAAUCUACACAGAAAAAAAAAACUGUACACCUAGCCGCCACACCCACUAGUGGAUUCCACCUGCUUGCCCCACUGCUAGAACGUGGACUUCAGAUUCAGGGCUUUGCUCCGUUCCUACCCCUGCCCCAUUCACGGUCCUCCUGGCCUGGAAACGUUCACUUUUUUUUUUAGAUCGCAUCCCUUCUUUCCAUUCUGUUUCCCUUUAUGCCCUUGCCGGACCCUAUGUACUAUUUACUAGCCGGGAAAAGGCGGGAGGGUCUGCUUUUACCUGUGGCUAUGGUGUCCCCUGGAACCCCCGCCUCCCCCUGUAGACUCGCAGAAUAACUCUCCCACACACAGCUCAUUGCUUUGUUUUCUUGGAUUCAAAACAAGUGGCCAGAAGCUGUCUCUUAGAGUGGACUUGCAAGUACAAGGCUGGACCAGUGGGCAAGAGUGAGGAAGAAGUGCGGGACGAUUUCAUCCGCGCUUGUCGUGGUGUCAGCACUCACCAAAGAAAGUGACAACAGAAAGGGAGAUCGGACUUCUGUUUGUUUGGGUGCUCUCGAUAAAAGGAGACCCGUAUGUCUAUACAGACUGGGAACACGGAAACAACAAAGAAG